AUGUGGUUCGCCGCUGUUUCCACCCGGGCCACGGUCAUUGGUCUCGUGUUGGCUUCAUCGGUCAGCGCACUCGACUCGCCGUUGACCACGCCCGACUUAUCCGACGAUGCCGUUCAUGAUGUUCCAGGCGCUUACAUUGUCGAAUGGGAAAUAGAUGUGGAGGAACCGGGUGCUUUUUAUCGAAAUUUUGACUUCGACAUCGAACAUCGCAGGGAUCUCAAUUGCCGACUUUUCAAGGGUGCGUCGUUCCAAAUCACCAACGCUUCGUAUGAAAAUAUCGCGGACCAAAUUGUCUCCAGGCCAGAGGUAAAGGCCAUCUGGCCUGUGAAGACAAUUCGAAUGCCAACACCCCAGCCACUCUUUGUCGGAAAGAACUCCGCGAUCUCCCCGAAGAAUUCAGCUACCAUGGGGAAGCGACAGGACGAGGAUGUCGAUACAUUCACACCACACGUCAUGACACAAGUCGACAAACUCCGAGCAGAAGGGUACACGGGCAAGGGUAUCCGUGUUGGUGUAGUGGACAGCGGCAUUGACUACACCCAUCCUGCUCUCGGCGGCUGCUUCGGUGAUGGAUGCAUCGUCAGUUAUGGGUGGGACUUCACGGGCGACAACUAUUUCCCUCCAGAUGCUCCCGAGCCGGACGCGGACCCGUACGACGGCUGUGUUGGUCAUGGAACUCACGUAGCCGGCAUCAUCGCUGCCCAGGCGAACGAGAUGGGCUUUACCGGCGCGGCUCCUGAUGUGACUAUCGGGGCCUAUCGAGCUUGGGGCUGCAAUAGUCUGACGACGAACGACAUCCUUCUGGAUGCAUUCAAUGCUGCCUUUGAGGACGGAAGUGACAUCAUAUCAUGCUCUGCCGGGCAGUACACUAACUGGGCCAACGAUCCCUGGGGAAUAGCUGCGUCCCGAAUCGCGGCGCAAGGCGUCUCGGUGAUCGUGGCCCCUGGUAACUCUGGCAGGUCCGGCAUGUUUUUGUCAGGCUCACCGGCCACCGGGGUCAACGUAACAGCCGCGGGGUCGGUUGAAAACACCAUAACACCACUUCUUCUUACUGCUGGUUCAUACCUUCUCGGGAACGCCACGGGAAGUCCUGAACCAUUCGGCUUUGUUAAUGGUGGACCAGGAUUUGCCGACAACGUCACUCUGCCGCUGUGGGCCGUGAGCAACAACACCAGCUCUGCGAACGACGCUUGUGUUCCUCUGCCGGAGGACACGCCCGAUCUCUCGUCGAAAGUUGUUCUCCUGAGAGUUGCGGAUACGUCCGAGUGUUACUCUUCUGCUCAAGCAACGAAUCUUGCAGCCAAAGGGGCCAAGUAUCUGCUAUUUUAUAGCCAAAGUAACUCAUCUAUCGAAACGGUCUAUGCGUACGGGGAUGGUAUUCUUGGCGUCGGUCUUGUCACCCCAGCGCAAGGGGCGACGUGGAUCUCCCUACUGAGCGAAGGUUCGACUGUUAACAUCAACAUUGACGACCCUGAUAUCGCAGGUAUCCGCUAUGAAGCGGUUGAAAACAAAAUCUCUGGAAAUCUGACAAGUUUGACGACUGCUUGGGGUCCUACUUGGGAAGUUGAAUCCAAACCACAAUUUACGGCACCGGGAGGCAACAUUCUUUCAACUUGGCCAGUGGUGAUGGGACGAUAUUCUGUCUUGUCAGGAACUUCCAUGUCCACUCCAUUGGUCGCCGCCAUCUUCGCUCUCGUUGGCCAAGCAAGAGGGACUAUGGAUCCUGCUGAGUUAAGAAACGUUCUUUCUUCGACCUCGAGGCCACGAUCUUGGUACGAUGGAACCACGGUCCACGACAUUCUCGCUCCAAUUCCCCAACAGGGCUCUGGCGUGGUACAAGCCUAUGAUGCCGCACACGCGAAAACGGUCCUCAGCAUCAGUGAGAUUUCGUUCAAUGACACCGAUAACUUUGUCAAGAGUCGAACCUUCAGUAUCAGAAACACGGAUGACAAGGAAAUGACAUACACUCUCGGUCAUGUUAAUGCCGCUACUGUGUAUACAUUUGCCGCAGGGUCGCGAUCGGCUUCCCAAUUCCCUAAUCCGACGGUUGAUGAUUGGGCUAGCAUAUCCAUUUCGUCAACCUCGAUAACAAUAUCUGGGGGGUCAUCUGCAGAAGUAACGGUCAGCGCUGUUCCACCUCAAACCGUGAAUGCGAAUCAACUGCCCGUGUACAGUGGUCUGAUUACCGUCCUCGCAAGCAAUGGUGAGCAACAAAAUAUACCUUACAUGGGUGUAGCUGGCAACAUGAAAGACACACCCGUCUUCCUUGAAGGCCCCGAGUAUGGAACGUAUCUUGGUUACUUCAACAAUCCAACUCCGCCGAACACAACUUUCACUAUUCCCCGCCCCGAUGGUACACCUCCCGUCGGAGAUUUUCCGAGCAUUCAAGCGAGCCUUCUUUUUGGAACCCAGAUUGCACGCGCGGAUUCGAGCAACUCAAGUCCUUUUGAUCAUCAAGUGAAACAGACAAUACUUGGAACUUUGCUUUGUUCAUCUAACAAAAUGACCGAAACUCACUUUCAGAUUGUCACAUACGAAUCCCCUCAAGGCCCGACAGGUGCCCUUCACAUCAACGCGAGGAUCUACAAUCUCUGCGACAUUCUCCGCGACGAGUUAUUACUCAGCACAUUCGAUCUGCUUAACGAUUGGGAUAACUACCGAAAGAGAUUGGAAAGCUUUGCCAGCAAUCAUUUGAGCAUCAAGAUACCAUACAAGGAAAUCACCGAUAUCAAACUUCUAGCCCCAAUACCCGGCCCGCGGUCCAUUUUCUGUGUUGGCGGCAACUUUACCGACCACAUCGAAGAGAUGUCUCGUGUAAUGAACCUGAAGUCCCCUCCAAGCUUGAAAGAACGAGGCCAGCCCCCUUUCUUCUUUCUCAAGAAUGCCUCAGGGGUCUGCGGACCAGGAUCAGCCACCAAAUUGGAUUCCCCUGGGCUCAUGUUGGAUUGGGAACUCGAGCUCGUCGCCGUCAUUGGGAGAGUCGCACGCAGUGUGUCGAAAGACUCGGCUAUGGAUUUUGUCGCUGGUUUUACAAUUGGCAACGACAUGUCUCUCCGAAAGAAUGUUCGCCGUCAGGGCCUUCUACCAGGAGAGCCGUUCGAGUACGACUGGUUUCAACAAAAGUGUUUUGAUCAAUCUUGCCCCACGGGGCCGUGGCUGGUGCCUACGAGUCAAGUUCCCGACGUACAAGCCUUGAAGAUGAUGUUAUGGGUUGGCGACGAACUCAUGCAGGACAGCUCAACCGCAAAUAUGAUCUUCUCUGUUGCAGAACAGGUCGCAGCACUUUCUUCUCAACUGACGUUACACCCCGGAGAUAUGAUAAUGACAGUCGAGCCUGCCGUCACGGAGGUGCUUCAGGAGACCCCGAAAGGGACAUGGAAGUCGUACUUCUGGGAUACGUUUGACAAGUCUCCAGAGGAAAGGCGGUUUCUUUUCAAAUUGGACGCAGUGUUAAUGACACUUGCUUCACUGGGUUACUUCAUUAAGUAUUUAGACCAAGUUAACAUCAACAAUGCCUUUGUUUCUGGGAUGAAAGAGGACUUGAGCCUCUAUGGCAACGAGUUGAACUACAUGCAAGUGUGCUGGACUGUGGGAUAUGUUAUUGGUGAAAUACCCAGUAACAUGUUGCUCACUCGAAUCCGACCUCGAAUUUGGAUCCCGAUCUGUGAGGUAACCUGGUCUGUCCUCACAAUUCUGCUCGCAAAGUGCGAAACAGCUACCCAGAUCUAUGUGCUGAGGUUCUUCAUUGGCCUCGCGGAAAGCACUUUCUACCCUGGCAUGCAAUACAUCAUCGGAUCUUGGUACCGGCGAGAUGAGCUAGCCAAAAGAUCUUGCUUGUUCCAUGCUAUGGGCAACGUCGGAAGCGCCAUUUCCGGAUAUCUCAUGGCUGGCGCCCAUAACCUGGACGGCGUUCAUGGUUAUCACGGUUGGCAAUGGUUGUUCAUCAUCAACACUGUCGUCUCACUGCCCAUUGCGAUUUCCGGAUUCUUCUUUUUCCCCGACUUACCGGAGAUCACAAACGCCUGA